UCGUUGGGUGAGGUGCGGUGGUCUCGAGGAUAACGCCUGCGCCGCGCCCCCUUCUCACGUUCUUUUUGUUUCUCUCUCCCGUGUCUCUUCUUCUCGCCGCCGCCGCCGCCGCCGCCGCCGCCGCCUCGCCGUCUCUUUGGUUAUCUCCUUCAUAUCCUGCCAUUGAGCCGUAUUCUUCAGUUAGAUAAGUUGAGUUUCUCGGCGAGUCGCUGGAACUCGUCGUCGGAGUUGAAGUAGGGUGAGAGUCAGAUAAGUUGAGUUUCUCCGUGAGUGGCUGGAACAUCGUCUCCAUCCCCAAUCCUGAGGAAUCAUGGAACCCAACCCCGGUUUCUCUCAAACCCUUGCUCUUCCUUCUUCUUGAUUGGAUCGCAGCAGCGCUAGGGCACUGAGAUUCUCCGACGAGGAAGGCCAAAUCUUCUCCGAGGAGCUGAGGUUUGGUGGGACUUGCCAUGCCUCAUCUCGUCAGACAUCGCCUUUUCUUCGGCAACAUCUCUGAUGCGGCGGAGGUCCUCCAGAAAGGGAGCUCGGAGAUCACUCACGUGCUUUCACUCCUCAGUUCGGCUUCCAUCUCCUUCUUUUCUGAUUGGAAGGCGGAGAUCUCAAUCCCCACUAAGGAAAUCCGGAAGGUGUUCUUUGGGGAUUCAGAUGGACUGUUGACUCGUAAGGCUUUGUCUCCGGAGAAGUUAUUGUACUCAUUGGAGCAUGCCGGCCCGGAGCUGAAGCUGGUGAGGAUGGCUGUGCCAUUACGGGACACGGAAGAUGCGGACUUGUUGGAUUAUUUGGAAGUCUGUUUGGAUUUCAUUCAUGAGAACAGGGAGAAGGGGUCAGUGUUGGUGCAUUGUUUUGCUGGGGUUUCAAGAAGUGCGGCUGUCAUUACUGCAUAUCUAAUGAGAACAGAACAAAGAUCUCUGGAAGAUGCACUUGAAUCCCUAAGGGAGAGCUGUGAGUUUAUUUGCCCAAAUGAUGGUUUUCUAGAGCAGUUAAAGAUGUUUGAGAACAUGGGAUUCAAAGUAGAUACAACAAAUCCCAUAUACAAGCGCUUCCGCUUAAAAAUACUUGGUCAAUUUUACAAACAAGGGGAAAAGAUAGACAGUUUUGUAUUUGGUGCAGAUCCUGGUUUACCUCUAGAAUCCAGCAUUCCUGAUGGGGAGGUCUCUGAGGCAGUUCAGCCAACAAAGGCUUUCCGCUGCAGGAAAUGCCGGAGAAUCAUUGCGUUGGAAGAAAAUGUUAUCAAUCAUGAACCUGGAGAGGGUGAAACAUGUUUUAACUGGCAUAAGCGGAAAAGUAGCCACACUUAUGAUAGGUCAGAUGAGACAGAGUGUUCUUCUAUUUUUGUCGAACCCUUGAAAUGGAUGACUACAGUUGAAGAAGGUGCAUUGGAAGGAAAGCUCUCGUGCAUCCAUUGCGAAGCACGCUUGGGAUACUUCAACUGGUCAGGCAUUCAAUGCAGCUGUGGUAGCUGGAUCACUCCUGCCUUUCAGAUUCAUAAGAGCAAAGUAGACAUUAGCACUGUGUGAUAUACCCUGUUGACCAAAGGCAGAUGCAAUGCUCUUUCAUCAGGAUCUUGUCUCCGGAUGAAAAUAAGCCUUAGCGUCAUUGAUAUGUAAUCUGCAAAGACUUGCAUGCGAGAAUGGUUUUGUAAUAUUAUUUAGGUUUUUUAACCAUUCCAGCUUCUGUUGAGGGUUAGUUAUGUUAUCAUUGUGAAUAAUAUGGUGGUAUGAGAAUGUAUUGAUUUCUUA